CAGAAUGAUACAUUAUAUCUCUAAAAUAACAAAAAAAAAAAGUCUAUUAAUAUUAAUAAUAUUAAAAAAUCAUUAAUCACAAUAUAAAACAAUAAAAAACAUCAUUAUCAUAGUCUCCAAAAACUCAGUAGUAUAAAACAAUCGUCCAUAAAGUUUCUAAAUAUCCAAAAAACUUUAAUCUUUUUUUAUUUAAAUAAAAACAAUAAAAAUAUAAUAAUAAUAAAGUUUAAAGUUGGCUAUUCUGACAAUUGAUUGGUAUAUUUUUUAACCAGUGUUUUGUGUAUGUGUGUCAAUUUGUGUUGAAGUUUAAUUCUCGCAAUCUUACAUACCACAUAUUGUAAAUAUUUUUUUUAUUUACCUUAUUAAAAACAACGUGACAAAAUUGUCAUUAAAACAAUAAAAAUUAAUUUUUUUAUGACAAUAUAUUAAGUUUAUUUAAUUAAUAAAAAAAAAAAUUUUAUAAAUAAAUAAUAGUGUGUGUAUAUAAAAAAAUUCAAGUGUGUGUGUCAAGUGAAAAAAAUAUGCAGCUCUCUUUUUUCAUCUUGGACCAUUAAAGAUGAUUUUUCUUUCUCUCAUUCGUUGAUUGGGGGCCUUUUUUUUUUUACUACUAGUACUACGCAUACAAACACACACAUAUAUGUAGCUUGUAAUAAUAAGCGGUAGUAAAAAAAAGAAGGAGAGAAAAAGGAAUAAAAAAGUUUCAGAAGAAGCACAAGCAGCAAGACCAAAUGGAAUAAAAAAAAAAGGAAAAAUAGGACGGGUUCUUGGUUUAAGCUGUUGCUUCUGCUGAUGCUGUUUCUUUUAGCUUGUGCUGUUUAUCGUUUUCUUGUGUAUUAACUAUAUAUAUUUAUAAUAUUGUGUGUAAGAUUGUGUAGACUUGGCUGCAUUGCGGCCUAUAAAUUCAUGGAAUUGCAAUGUGAGAUAUUCUUUAAAUAUUUAUCAUCAUAUUAUUCAUAAGGUGAUAGAUAAAAAAACAGAGAAAAUAAAAUGGAGUCAAUGAUGUGUUCUGAUAAUUCAUCAUCAGUCAAGGACACAAUGCCAUCAAGUUGGCAAUCAAAUGAUCUCAAAUCAAACAAUGAAAUUAAAAAAAAUAAACAUCGAAAAGUAUCAUUAAACUUAAAUCAUGAUAAUGCCAAUAAAUCGAAAUUAAAUAAUCACUCGAAAUACUCUGAAUUAAAGAAUAAUAUUCAUCACAACAAUGACAAGUAUCAUGUAGCUAAAAAAAAUAAAAUUAACAAUAUAAAUUUUAUUAAAAAAAAUAGUAAUAAUCAUACAAAAAUGAGUAAUCAUAUUUUAAAUAUUAAAAAAUACUUGACAUGUUGGCAAUUUGUUGUGAUUUUUUUUAUUGGUCUUUUAAUAAAUGCAACAGCUGAAAAUUGUUCUACGGGUAUCAACACACCUGGAUAUACUUAUCCAUUUGGUGAUAUACUUAUGAAGUAUGGAGAUGAUUUACAAAUAACUUGUGUGUUGAAUGUCACAAUAAAUAGUACAGCAAAUUCGAAAUAUUUAUUUUUCUCUCGAAAUGGUGAAGAACUUGAUCCGGCAUUUACUAGAAUAAUAAAUGACUCAGCAAUUGAAUUGACUGUUAAAAAACCACCACGUUCAAAGGACAUGUAUUACUGCAAUUUACGUAAACCAUCAUCAAGUGGUCACACAUUUCUUUGUCUAAAUCAAGUUACUGUUGGUGAUUUUCCAGGAGAACCAGAAACUUUUGAUUGUGUAUCACCAAAUUGGGAAAAAUUAAUAUGCCACUGGAAACCAAAACAAAAUUAUAUUAAUACACAAUAUUCAUUGGCAUUUAAUGUUGUUGGUAGAGGUGUUAAAGUCUUAUUUAAAUGUCCAGCUGCUAAAGAAAAUAUACCAUUAGCACCAAACACAUGUAUUUGGGAAGCUGGUAGUGAUCCAAUAUAUCGUCAACCUUAUGAAUAUUAUAAUUUUUAUUUAACUGCAAGAAAUAUAUUUGGAAAUGCAACAAUACCAUAUAGAUUUGAUCAUUAUGCAAAUGUCCUACCAAAUAAACCAGAUAACCUAACUGUUAUUAGUAAAACAUCAUCUAGUGCUGAAAUUUAUUGGGCUGUUCCAUUUCCAUUACAACAAUUUCCACCUGGUAUUCAUCAUCGUAUUAUGUAUCAACAUCAAUGGUCAAAAAAUUGGACUAUAAUUGACAUCAAGACAAAAACUCGUGAACCUGAAAAACGCUUCAAUAUAACUUCCAUGUAUGCAAAUACAGUUUAUGAUGUGAGAGUUGUCAUAAAAAGUGCUACAGCUGAUCAGACAAAAUGGAGUAAUUUUUCAAGUAUAACAUUCCGUACACUUUCAGCAUUACCUGGUAAAGGACCACGUGUUGAUGUUGGAAGUUUUGAAAUUGUUGAUGAUGGUCCAUUAAAAAGAGAAGUAUAUAUUUAUUGGCAAACAAUACCACAAAUAUUAGAAAAUGGUAAUUCAUUUAAAUAUCAAAUAGCAAGUAUCAAAGAAGAUGGUAAUAUAAUAAAUGACGAAAUAAUAAAUGAACGACCAAUUGAAUUAACUCGAACAUAUGCUAGAUUUGAUAAAUUAAAUUUUGGUGAAUAUCAUAUUGGUAUAAAUGCAACAAAUCAAAUUGGUUCACAUCCAACAACAGCAUGGAUAACAAUACCAAGUAAAAAAAAUUUACCAAUGCCACCAGAAUCAUUUACAAAAAUAGCAUUUGACGAAGGUGUUUAUGAAUUAUCAUGGAAAUUACCAACAAGAUCAGAUGGUAUAAUAAAUUAUACAAUAUUUUGGUGUGAUAAUGAUCGUGAUCGUCCAUUUUUAUGUGCUGGUUAUUUAGAUUGGAUACAUGUUUCAAAUACAACAACAAUGUACAAUAUGACUGUACCAAAUCCAAAUAAAAUAUAUCAAUUUGCAAUAUCAUCAAAUACUGCUAAUUCAAGUAGUGGAAUGAUAUGGGCAUCAUGUACAGUUAUACAUAAUCGUAUUGUUGGUAAAGUUAAAUCAUUAUGGAUUGAUAGAAUUGGAUCACAUGAUAUUGAAGUACGUUGGAAUUUAGAAUGUUCUGAUCGUGUUGGUAUUAUUUUAGGCUAUAAAAUAUAUUAUUGUCCAAUUAAAUCACCAUUUAAAUCAGAAUGUAAAGAACCAUCUAAAAAUAUAACAGUAUUAAGUUCACAAUAUGCUAUGCGUGGUAUUGUUAAUAAUUUAAAACCAUAUACAACAUAUAAAUUAACAUUAUCAAUGUUAACAAAAUAUGGUGAAGGUUUAGAAAGUGAACCAUUACAUAAUACAACACUUGAAGCAUCACCAGAUAUACCAAAUAAUUUAAAAAUAACAAAUAUAACAAAUACAACAAUAUCAUUAUCAUGGUCAAAACCAGUAUCAACAAAUGGUGUUUUACAUUCAUAUAUGUUAUAUUAUAAUGAUAAUACAAUUACACUUGAUGAAAAAAAUCAAACAGCAAAAUUAGUUGAUUUAUUACCAUAUAAAAAUUAUAGUAUUAGUAUAACAGCAUGUACUGUUGCAUGUAGUGAAAAAUCUCCAUCUAUAUAUGGACAUACAUUAAUUGGUGUACCAGGUAAAAUUAAUCAUCAACCAAAUAUGCGUUAUGUUAAUGAAACAUUAUUAUUUAUUAAUUGGAGUAAACCAACAUUUCCAAAUGGUAAUAAUGAUUAUUAUGAAGUGUUACAUGUAAAUACAAAUGAAAUUAUAAAUUCAACAAUAUCUGAAUUAAAAUUAACAUCUAAAAUAUGUGAAAAUCCACGUAAUAUAGGAAGUCAAAAAUAUCAAAUACGUGCUAUUAAUAUUAAUGAAUAUGGUGAACAUUUAAUUGGUCCAUGGUCUGAUAUUGGUGAAACUGUAUGUUAUGGUUAUUUACCAUCAAUUAAAUAUCAUGUUAUUUUGAGUAUAUUAUUUAUAAGUUUAUUUAUAAUAUUUUGUAUUAUUUGUAUUAAAUAUGCACGAAGAUUAUGGCAAACAUGUCAAGCAAUGCAAGAUGUUGAAGUUAAAUUACCACCAGGUUUACAACGUGAAAAAUUAUUACAAAAACAAAGUGAUCAAAAACAUAUUAGACAUUCAUCACCAGAUUCAAGUGGUUGUUCAAUUGGACAUGAAUCAGUAACAUCAUCAUUAACAUCUGAUUUACAUGGUUCAACUGAUAGUGGUACAGAAGUUGAUCCAGUAUUAAAUGACAGUAAACAUAAUGAACAACAAACACUUGCAUGGGAAUCAAAUUUACGUCAACGUAAUGUUUGUAAUAAUUCAAAAUCAACAAUAACUGGUAUUAAUGAUGCUCAUCUUAAAUGGGAUUCAUAUGUUAAAAUACAAAAAAAUGAUGAUAAUAUUGAUGAUAUACAAUCACUUGCACGUUCAACACCAAAUUUAAAUGAUAAUUCAAGUGAUUUUAUGAUACCACAACAAGCAUGGUCAUCAACUGGAUAUAUUAGUAUGCCAUCAUCACAAGAUUUAAGUUGUGAUAGUAAUCCAAGUCCAAUACCAAAAGAAUUUAUAAAUUCAUCAGCUGCAUAUAGUGUUGUUGGUUUAUUACCAAAUGCAACAAGUUCGAAAAUUAAUUUACAUCAAGAUGAUACUAAAACAAAUAUGCCAUAUGUUAGUCUUGCAUCAUUUGAUGAUAAAAAUAAACAAAAAAAUAUUGAUGAUAAUAUUAUACAAGUUUAUAAUAUAGAACAAUCAUCACCAUCAUCAUCUAAACCAUAUGUACAAGCUGGUAUAUUAGAUUCAAUGAAAAAAAUUGAUAAACCAACACGUGAAUCAUUGAAACAAUUAACUCCAAGUAAACCAACAGAUUCAUGUUAUAAUAAAAACAUAACAUCACCAUUUUUAAAUAAAAAAAAUAUGGAUACAAAGCCAUAUGUUACAAUUGGUGAUGUUUCUGAUAUUAAAAAAUCUCCAAAUACAAAAUUUGGUGAUAAAAAACAAUCAAUAACAACAAAUUUAUCUAAAGUUAAUGAGCCAUAUGUAAUGGCAUCAAGUAUUUAUCCAAAUUUACAAGAUAUUAUUAAUGAUCCAUCAGCAUCAUCAUCAUCGUCAACAUUAGCAGCAUCAUCAACAGAUGCUAAUGAUUAUGAUGAUUUACAAAAAACAUUAACUGUUAAUUAUCCUCCAAUAUCUUGGGAUGAUAUGGACGAUCUUGAUCAUAGUAUCGAGGAUAACAUUGAUAAAUCAGUCAAUAAAAAUACAGCUGGCUAUGUUGCUGUUUCUGAUCUUCCAAAAAAAAAUGAAAAUCUUAAAACAAGUGAUGGAAAAGCUACUUCUUCAUAUGUACAACAUCAUCAAUUAAAAAAAUAAUGCUAAUAAUAUUAUUCUAUUUAUGAAUAUCAUAGCAAAACUCCUGGUGGCAUCUUCCAUUAUCCAGGUAAUUUUUAUUUUUAAAUAAAAAAAACUAAGUGAUAGUAAUUGUGAACUUAUCUGUGACAUACACAAAAAAAAAAAAAAAGAAAAACAAUUUUUACGUAUAAGGUAUAUAAGCAGAUUUAUUAUUUUUUUUUUUCUCUUGUAUGGUUUAUAAAUUAGUAUUAAAAAUUAAUUAUAACUUAUGCUAUGGCAACAGUGCACAAGUGCUUCUUUUGUGCAAUUUUUAAGAUUUUUUUUUUCAAUUUUUUUUCGCCAUCUGGUUGGACACCAGUAAAUUGCAGUAAUAUUUUUGUUUUUUUUUUUUAAUGGCGAAAAGAAGAGACAAUACAUAACGAUCAAACUUUUUUUUUUUUUCUUAUUAAUAUAUAAUUUAAACUAUUAAUUUUUUUUUGUUGAUAAAUUUAUUGAUGUAAAAAAAAGAAAUUCGAAAAAUAUAAUAUUUGGAGUUUUUUAAAAUAUUUGAUUGCUUAAUAAGUUAAAGAUAAGUGUACAAAAUCAUUUUUAUUAAAAAAAGAAAUAUAAAAAAAAACGAAAAAAAAAAAAAGGGAAUAGUAAUUUAAAGAGAUAGGAAGAGAGUUAUGAUAAGAUAUUUUUAAAAAAAGGUGUUGAUAUGUUUAAGAGAGUUUUAGAUUUAUAAGUUAAAAUUAAUUAUUGCAUGAUGCAUAUACUCAUGAAGAUAUGUCAGUGUUUAAUAAUUAAUUCAUCAAGCCUGUAUGAUUAUUAAUUUAUUAUUUUAUUAAUUAUUCAUUUUGAAUAUCAUUGAUUAUAUUAUUAAUUAUCUUAAAACAAAAAAAAAUUGCAUAUACACAGUUUUUGUUUAUAUUUUUCAACAAUUGUAUUCUCACACACACAUAUUUUAUAUGUGUGUGUUGUAUAGAUCUAUAUGUUGUUUAAAAAUUUCGCUAUUUUAUUUUUAUAUAAAACAUUAAAUUUUUAUUGAUUUUAAUUUUUUUUAAUUGCAUGAAAAAAAUUAAAAUAUAUAAAAAAUUUCGUACACAAAUUUAUCACGUUUAAAUAAGGACUUUUAAUUUGAAAAAAAAAAAAAUUCAUAACAAUGUUUUAUUUUAAUUAAAAAAGUAACACUAAUGAUGAUUGAAAAAUUAAUAAAAUUUUCAAUAAAAAAAAUAUAUUAUUAUAAUAAUUAAAUAGAGUAACUUCCUUUGCCAUUUUAUACUGAAAUUAAAAAAAUUAAAAAAAUAAAAUAAUUACAUUAAUGUAUAUAUAUAUGUAUGUAUGUAUGUGUAUGCAUAAUAUCCUAAGCUAGUCAUUAUGAGAAUACAUCAAUCUACAUAAAAAGAUUUAAAAAAAAAAAAUAAUAAUAGUAAACCGAUUACUAGAAUUUUAUUUACGAAAAAUAAAAUAAAUCAUUAACUUCAAUUUAAAAAUUGAAUAAAUAAUAAAAUAAUAAUAAAUUUUAAUUAAUAAUCAUGUAAUGAAUUAAUUAGUACUUGUAAAACAGUAGAUGAUAAUUUUUUUUUUUAUUAAUUUAAAUUUGAAACAAAGUGCCGAUAAACUUACCAACAUCCAAAAUCAUACGAUGUAAAAUUAAUUAUUUCAAUACAGACUGACGUGUUAUACGAAAAACAACAACAAAAAAAAAAUUAAAAAUU